AUGCAAAUUAGUUUUCAGUAUAACACUUCAAGGUUUCAAAAUUACUAUCAUCAAUUUCUUGAUUAUCAGAAUAUUUUCCAAUCAAGAUAUCAGCCUGAUAUUACAGUAUUUGUUGCAAAUGAUUCCUUUUCAAUAUAUUCAUCUGAUCCUGAGUCGGAUAAUGAAUCUGAUACUGAUACUAGUAAUGAUAGUCAUUAUAUUAACAUCCAUGAUGUUAGUUAUGAUGACUAUACUGAUGUUAUUACUUCAACAAUUAGGAAAACGAUUUACUCGACAAUUUCAGAUGAUGAACAAAUCUCUUCGAUACCAACCUCAAUUAAUAGCAAUUCUUAUCAAACAAUUAAUUCAGAUCUGUCAUUAAUUUCUCAAUCUUCUAUUGAUUCUUUGACUCUUACUAUUAAUCCUGCUUCCAAAUUAUCGCAAGAAGUUUCUCAUUGGAAGACAGUUGUCGCUGAAACUUGUGAAGUUGUAUUGGAGGAUUUUAAUAAUGAAGUUAAUAGUUAUCAAAUUCAAUUUUUGGAAAACAUUUUAAAACCGAAAUUACAAAAUGAACUUCGAGAUUUAAAUUAUUUUGUCAAUUCUUGUUAUAGAGAAAUUAAUUAUUUAAUUUAUAACAUUAACUCCACCAUAUUGUAUUUGAAAAAUAAUGAAAAAUUGGAUAUUAAUUUAGAUGAUUUUUAUGACAGCAUUAAAAAUAAGAUUACAACUGUUAAUCUGGAAACAAAACUUGACUUUCCAACAUUGCAGCAGCAAAAACACCAGGUUUUGAAUUUUAUGUGUCCAUUGCCGAAUGAUUUUCAUGAUGAUAGUGACUUUUGCGAGAUUGAGACAACUGAAGAUGGAAUUGAAAAACAAAAUGAUUAUAAGAAAAUGGGUGAUGAAAACAGAUUUGUCGAUACUAAAAUGAAUAAAGAGAGAGUUGAAAUGAAUGUAUCCAACAUGCCGAUCGAGUUUUAUGAAAGUGUUUUUUCUUGGAUGAAUGAAGAUUUAAAAAUCAUUGAAAUGUUAAAUUAUAUGGAGGAUAUUGGAUUUAACAAAUCUUUGCAUCAAGAGGCAAUUUUAGAACCAGAACUUCCAAGAUCUCAACAUAUAUUAAGUAAGGUGUUGAUUGGUAAAGAUAUUUCCGAAUCAAACAGCUUUAAAAGAUUGAAAUCUAAAUUUGGCAAAUAUAGUAAUUUGACCUUUAAUCAAGAUGGAAAAAUAAUUCAGAAAGUCACAAGAGAACAAGUAAGAGAAAAAUUUAGUAAAGCAAGAAAUGGGGUGGAGCAAAAAAUUAACAAUACCAAUCAAAUGAUUUCUGAAAAAUACCUUGGAGAUAUUAUUACUCAAUUUAACAACGCGAAAUUUAAGACAAUUCAGAUAUUCGAAGAAUUAGCUGCUGUUUUAACUAAUGAAUGGGAUCAAAGGUUUAUUGAAGUUUUGAGUUAUAAUCCAGGAUUUUUAAUGGAAGAAAAAAUUGAAAAGAAGCUAUCGAACUAUUCUGAAGAUAACAAUAAAAUUUUGGAUAUAUAUAAACUUAGAAAAAUAGAGUACAGACAAAAAAUGUUUGAUUUGAGCACUAAGAAAGUUACAAAUAAAUUAAACUCAAUAAAAAACUGGGAAAGCUUUAAGAACUUUUAUGAGAUAAAAGAGGUUUUGUUUGAAACUAGAAAAAAACUAAAUCGACUUGAACCAGAUUUCCAGUUUUUAGAUAAAGAACUAUCCACUUUAAAAUUCAACUAUAAGACGAUCAUGAUGGAAUCAAAACAAUAUUUAGAUAUAUUGAGAGCUCAAGCUAAUUUAGCAUUUCAAUUUAGAGAGGUUUCUGAAGCCAAAAGUCGAGGUAGAAGAUAUCAAGUUUUUAAUAGCAAUCAAUAUAUAUAA